GUGCUACCUGAGAUCAAGGAAAUGAACAGUAUGGACCUUUCGAGCAACACCUAUUGGUUAGAAAAGAGACCGAUCCAUCUGACAUCUGUUGGCUCGCAAAUUUCCCCGAAGCCAAUAAUUCGGCUCUGCUGCGUGAGAUGUAGCAGCACGCUCCGCCUCCAUAUAGCCCGGAGAAGUCUCCUUCGCCAGAAGCAGAGAUGGAAAUGGAGCCCGAGGUCACAAAGCUCUCUGGAAGUGCUUCUGCAGAAGAGGCCGUGGAGGAGCUUCACGGUGGGAGAGUUCUCUCCGCUGAAGAAGGUGAUGGAGCAGUUCUCUUGAAGAUUGUAGUGAGCACUGAAGUACUCCGGCCGAUGGUCGCGUCGCUGAGCCACCGCGAUCACCGCCGCAGCAGAGCUUUGAGCAGUCGCUGCAUGUGCUCCGCAGGCGGCACAUGAAGAGAGCUGAGAGCCGAAAGGGCGGGCGUGGGUGGCUGCCUGCUCUCAGAAGCAUCCCAGAGGAGGAUUGAAGUUUGUGCUUCAUUUCUCCGUCUUCUCCAAGCCUGUAUUCUCUCAUGAGCUACUCUACGUUUAGAUUCCUGAUCAUUUAUAGUCCAAUUCGACACUCAAUUCCCUUUGUGACUCAUUUGACCAACACAAAGAGACCAUAUAUCACAGUAGUGUCAAUCCCCUCAAAAAUAGCCUGUGCACGACUUCUAAAGCAUGGCCAAGAACAUGCUCUUUGGAUUCCUUUUCGCUCGGACGGUUAGGAUCGUCUCGACGUCUCUCUUUAAGAUAAGCGCUGAACAGUCCGCAUCCUAUGGCAAUUCAAAAGGUUGCGCUGCGUCGUGAUGCGGAGGUACACGCUUCGAGCAUCAGCAUCAUUGAUGAUAAGCAAAUCGCAGAGCUCUUGUGCCCAAAAGGUUAGACGAGGACUCGCCACCAACACCAGAAGCGUCUCCACUGACGCCCACUCAACUCGACCAACUCCCGAAGUAAAAGCGAGAACCGCAACACUCCAUUCCUUGCUUAAAAGUAAUGUCUUCCUCCGUCUGUACCUCCUGUCUUUCUGCUAUAUUGUGUGGAGAAGCUUCUGCUCCUCCUCCUCGAGAAGUUUACCAUCUCAAGCAUCCGGUAUUGGAAGAGAAAGUGGGUGAGAGGAACAGAGAUCGCCAGGAAAUGAAGGACCUCGGGGACCUGCUCCACCUGUUCGCCUGCGCCUUCCUCUUCCACUUCUCUGCGUUCAUGGUGAUCCCCGCCAUCACCGACGUCACCAUCGAGGCGCUGUGCCCCGGCCGGGACCAGUGCUCGCUCGCCAUCUACCUCAGCGGCAUCAACCAGGCCAUCACAGGACUGGGAACUCUUGUCGUGACUCCUCUGGUUGGCAAUCUCUCGGACAAAUAUGGUCGAAAGGCUCUGCUUACCCUGCCGAUGACCUCUGCAAUUGUUCCAUUGGUUGUGUUGGCUUGCGGCCGGUCGAGAACGCACUUGUACGCCUACUUCGUGAUCAAGAUGGUCAGCGGCAUGUUCUCCGACGGCAGCAUGCAAUGCCUCUCCCUUGCUUAUGUGGCGGAUAAAGUCUGCGAGCGGAGGCGGGCGUCGGCCUUCGGCGUGCUCUCCGGGGUAUCCGCCGCGGGUUUCGUCUCCGGCACCGUUGCUGCUCGCUUCCUCCCCACCUCCCACACCUUUCAGGUCUCGGCCUCCGUGGCGGCGGUCGCAGCGGUCUACAUGAGGGUCUUCUUGGAGGAAACCGACGGCGGAGCUGCUCUCAUGGACGAGGAGUCCACCCGGCCCCUCUGCUCCCCUGCAACUGAUGGCGAGUCGUGCCCGAGUUUGCCGACCCUUAAGAAGAAGGUCCCUUCUCUGGGUGACAUGAUCUCCCUCCUGAGGAACAGUUUGACCUUAACAAGAGCUGCAAUUGUUGUGUUUUUCAACAGCCUUGCUGACAGUGGCUUUCAAUCUGCACUAUUGUACUAUCUAAAAGCACAGUUCCACUUCAACAAAGACCAGUUUGCUGAUUUGCUGCUUAUUGCUGGUGGUGCAGGAGCCUUUUCACAGCUACUUUUGAUGCCCUCACUAGCACCUGCUAUAGGCGAGGAGAGACUGUUAAAUGUAGGCCUCUUGGCAAGCUGCGCACAUAUCUUCCUUUACAGCAUUGCAUGGUCCUAUUGGGUCCCUUAUUUUGCUUCCACAUUUGUAAUUUUGGGUGUUUUUAUUCACCCAUGUAUUAGGAGCAUUGUAUCCAAAAAAGUUAGAUCCAAUGAACAGGGGAUGGCUCAAGGAUGUAUUACUGGCAUAGCUUCAUUUGCUAGUAUUCUGUCUCCACUAGUCUUCACCCCUCUCACAGCUCUGUUCCUGUCAGAAAACGCCCCAUUUACCUUCAAAGGUUUCAGUAUCAUGUGUGCUGGGUUUGCAUCGCUCUUAGCCUUCACAUUGAGCAUUACAAUGAUGUCAACUACGACGAUACCGUAUCAGAAAGUGUAACGGUGCAAUACAUGUACAGUACAUGUUCUCAAGAAUGUAAAUUCUCGUUCAGCUCGUGUUCCUUUUCUCAAUUCUGUGGUCUCUAGCAUGUAAGAAACUGGAAGCUGCAAGAAGAUGAUCGAUCAGUUGAUACUUGAAGGAUGUACUGAGGAAAAUACUCAGUUGUAAGACCUCUGAGGAGUUCUCUCUCACAAGGCAAAAGCUGAUCGCUUGUCUUCGGAUACUGAACAUGAUGAAGGAAACAAAUCUACCACUCUAUGUAAUAUGCUCCUUGUCGCCCUGUCAUGUAUGUCGAUAGUUUCAUGUAUGUAUGAUUUGCUAUGAGCUCUUAGCCUUCUGCUUUAUCAUCUGUACAAAAAAAGUUGUGUGGAUGGUUGGUUUGCAUUGGAGCAUCAGUGAAGCAUUUCGUACCUGUUUUUGAACCCCAAAAAUAAUGAUAUGAUUAAGUUGAUUUGA